AUGGCGAGCAGAGCAGGUUGGCGUUCUCCAAUGGAUAUUGUGAUGACACCCCCGGCGGCCCAGAGGACGGGACGGGGACGGCAGAGACACAGCUUGACUGGACGCUCUUCAUCGGUGGUCCUCUCCACAGCCAGCUCCUUCCUCUGUUGGCUCGCCUUGCUGUCAAUAAUGCGGUUGCCGAUGGUAACGGCAGACUGUUGGCUGAUCGAAGGAGAGAAGGGCUUUGUGUGGUUGGCGAUCUGCAGUAUGAACCAGCCGCCGUACGAGGCCAUCCCCUCACACAUCAACAGGUCAGACCCUCUCCCGUUGAACCGUCUCUUUCCAAUGAUAUCUGCGUGUUUCUAACGCCGUCACGCCUGUCUCAACAGCACGAUAGUCGACCUGAGGCUGAACGAGAACAAGAUACGGGCCGUCCACUAUUCCUCGCUCAGCCGCUUCGGCAACCUCACCUAUCUGAACCUCACCAAGAACGAUAUCAGCUACGUGGAAGACGGAGCGUUCUCAGCCCAGUUCAACCUGCAGGUGAGCGAGCGACAUCGUCAGAGACUGAACGAGAGAGAGAGAGAGAGAGAGAGAGAGAGAGAGAGCAGCUUUCACUGUUCGCCAGGUGUGACCAUGUAGAUCAACAUUUACCUGACGUUACCAUUAAGUUCGGAUUAUCUAAGGUCCGACAAGCAAAUCCUUUAAACUCUUGGUUUGACUGAUCUAAAGGCAGGUGGCAGGGUUGUACGAUAAUGAUCAUAGUUGUCGAUAAUUAUACGAUGUACGAUCCAUAACCCAGAAAAAAGACUAAAUGUAAAUGAAUUUGACGGUUUCAUGAGCAUGUGGUGCAAUGGGACAGUCUCACCCGGGAAUCCCACUGGAUCCAGAACAGAUACACAAGCAUACAGCGUCCACCGGAUCUGAUCCACCGCCGCUCACGAGUUUACUGAUAUAUCUUGCGAGACUAGACGACAUCUCACGUGUUUUCCAGGGAGUCAUAGAACGAGAUCCACCGAUUGGUGUAUAUAAACACCUGUAUCCCACAACCCUGGCCUCUCCUAUUAUCAAGUGAAGAACAGUUCAACGCAUCGACUGCUCCGGCGUAUCCGCUCUAGCCGCUGGAGCUGAUCCGCAGCGGAGCCGGACGGCGGACGGAUUCUGUGUAAACGCUCACAUUGGUUAUGAUGCUUGUGUAUUUAAUCUGCCUGCCAGGCCGUGCCAGAGUGUAGCUUUUCUGGAUCCUGUUGGUUUCGCCCGUCAGUCUGCCAGACACUUAACUUAAGACAUCUUACACCACGUGAUGUUUCCAUCCAAUCAUAUUUGAAGGUACAUUUGUCUCUGAGCAGCGAGUAUGAUUGGCUGUAAAUCCAACUGAGAAAAAAGAGCACCACUGAAGAGGACGGUGAUGAAUGGGAGCCGAAGAGAUGUAGGACGGGUCGGUGAAUGACCACAUAACUGUAGCCACAAAAUGGAGACUGCCUGUAGGACGCUAAUUAGAGGGACGAUAUGUGACUAUCAUGCAACAGUCGGACUGUUAUUUUGAUUAUGACGUGUGUACGAUAAUUUUCCCAAAAAUAUGAUAAUUUUGAGUCUCUGAUAUGAUAAUUUUAUACUUCUCAUCUGAAAACACUGGUGGAUGGGGUCAAGUGUCUUACCCAAGGACACUUUGGCAUGUGGACUGAACCUCUAGGGGUCGACCUCUGAGCCACAGGUCCUUGAUAUAACAUCACAUUGUUAAAACACUAAUUUGGAGAAACCUCGGCACAAAAACAGACAUGACUCUGCAGUGGGAGUCACAGUCUAUGAAAACUGCAUCAUAUUUAGAUAUGAUCUAGAAACACUGAGCGGGUUGAAGAUGGACUGAGGUGAAGAGGAAACGCUCUUUCAGCCUGACUAACCCCAAUCUGACACACCUGUCAGUCAACUCAACCGUGUCCUUAAUUAUGCAAAUUUAUGCAUAACUCUCCAUCGUUAUAUCUUGAUUAUCUAUAUAUAAUAUAUCUAAUUUUAGCAUUUUUAUACAGGUGUUCAUGGAGACUCGUCUGCUGUUGCAGCCAAACUUGAAUCGAAAUCACCUCAAGCUGAUUUCAUUGAGUCAUGAGGCUUUUUAACAGUCCGUGUUGAAGUUUUCUUUGUAUGCAGACGAUGCUGUUAUUUCCCGCUCAGCUCCAACACAUUACAGGCUCUCUGUCUUCAACAAGAUACUUCCCGUACUGUACAAGAUACCUGUCAUGAGCUGAAAUUGAUCCUUAAUCCUAAUUAAAAUAAAGUUCACGAUAGUUACAAACUCGGAGACUCAGCUGCUAAACCUGCGAUCUGGUUUUACGCCUCGAGGUGAUUUCACUGAGUCAUCAAUCAUCUAUUCAGUAUUUUAGUCAUCUUUUAAAAGUAAAUCUUCAUCUAACCAUAAUUAUAAUUACACCACAAUGUUUAAAAUGAUCGUUCACUCAAACACUUCCUGUACGUUCCAGUGAAUCUAUUUUAAAAAUAUGUCUGGAUUUAUAAAAGUUUGAUUUUUAUUUUUUAGUGAAAUAUUUCCAGUUGAAUGAUAAUUCUUCCAGUUUAGUGUUUAGUUUAGUUCAGCCAAUAAUAGAAGUGCUUGUAAAAACACUCCAGCUCUCCAGUAUAAUCUGAAUGAAGGACUCGGCUGUAAUCAAGACGAGUGUCUGCGCCUCUGAUUUUGGAAACGGUUUAAAUCCGUCUGUCAAAGAAACCCAACAAAGACGACAACCACUCAUCAUGGCCUCCAAAAAAAAACCACACUGAGGUUCUCAGCAAACCCAGCUCCACAUAAUGAGCUGGCGUUCUCACACAUGGACCCAGCUGCUGGAGCAGAUCCAGGAGGUAAAAUGUGAACAAGAUCUUCAGCGCAGCACAGGGGCUUAGAUCACCAUGUGAAACAUGAUUGUACUCAACCAUCCUCUGUUUGCUCUGCAUGUUUCCGGCUCGUACCGACUGAUGCCUGGCGCCGGCCGCCACUUCAGAGAUUAGAAUAAUCCCACUUGUCUUCGCCUCCCCAGGUUCUCCAGAUGGGUUUUAACAAGUUGAGGAACCUGACAGAGGGGAUGCUGCGAGGCCUGGGCAAGCUGCAGUAUCUCUACCUGCAAGCCAACCUCAUCGAGACUGUUACACCCAACACCUUCUGGGAAUGCCCCAACCUGGAGAAUAUAGACCUCUCCAUGAACAGGUGAGGAGCAGACGCUAAAGACGAUAAUUAGAAAGUAUCAGAAGUUUAUGUCGUCAAACUUAGAUGAAGCAACUUGAGACCGAUCGUUCUUAUUUCGACACUUCUAACUGGAUAUAAAGAAAGAGCGGUCGCUUCUAAGAAAUACAUAGUAGUUUAUAUUAAGAUUUUAAAUUUUUCAAUGUUUUUAAGACAUUUAGCCUGAAAAUUUCGGUACUUUUUCAACAGUGCUGAGUUUCACUGACUGUAGGCUGCAGAAGUUAAAUAAGACGAACCAUCAAAUGAUAACAAGACGCCAUUACUACAGCGGCGUCUACCCAGAACAUCAGCCAACUGUCUGAAUUCACAUCUAUCCACCAGGUUCAAACUUUUAAGCUUUUUCGCUUUGGCACGCGGUAGGGUGACGUAUCAUACAGGGUGGUGGGAGAUGAGCCAGCGCUGUUUCCGGGGCUGGGAGAGAUGCUUAAGCUAGCAUCCAUAAGAGAAUGUGUGGCGCCAGCAUCACUACGUACCGUCUUUUUAAAGAAUUCAGAUAUUUUCAAUCGGGGUGCUGAACGUUCGGUGACAGUUUGGAGCUCCAAACACGAUACGAAUAAUACGAUGGAAAGGGGCAAGAACCCUGUGUUGUCAAAACCAGCCUGUGCAAAAAUGGCAGGGUAUGAGCGGUAAGCGUUCACGACCAGAAUACCAGAAUCAGUCAACAGGGUAUUGCUGCAGACCUGGAGACUCUCAUGUGAGGGUUCUCGUGUCAGGACAGGGCGCUUCCUACGGCAAUACUAAAGGGUCAAAAAGGUCAAUUUUCAUAAAACUAUAAAUACAACGGGUGCGCGCGAACUUUUAAGGAAACAAUAGAUGGCAAUGAUAGCGCUUACUAGCAAGGUGGGUAUAUACAAUGAACGCCGAACAGUUGUCAGUCCGGGGUGGGUGGGGGGUGUCGCACGUUCGUUGGUCCGAGGGAGGGCGGUUGUUAUUUAUUCCAUGUUUUAACUGAUUUUAUUAAUAAAAGGUAUGAUCAUUGUAAUCAUUAAUAAAAUAAAUCUACAUUCUCUAAUUGUGCUCUUGAGACUCAAUUUGGUUUCAAUAGAUGAUAAGCAUGCCUAGAGAGAAACAAAGAAGAAAAUGGCGGAAAACAAUAUGCCACCCUCCAAACGCGAGGUAAUUAGCUUACUGACCACCACCCUCUCCAGCGCUGCCUCCGUUUUUCGUCUUCUGUGCAAGAUGUACAUAACUACAUCCUACACAGUCUCCAUGUUUCUUUUGUUUAUCGUUAUCGGCAUAAACUUUUGACUCCGGGCUGCUUUCUGUGCUUUUAUCAGUGGGCGUAGCCUCUGAUUGACGCGCCGCAGUAUGUCAGCAUGUGUGUAUGUUGUGAGAUAGAGAGAGGAGUGAGCGGAGAGGUCCAUUUUUCUUGGGAGUAAUGAAACGAUUGCGAGCUUUAGAGUCUGAAUUAAGCAAAUUAUAUUUUAUAGGCCAACUAAACGUUUAUAUUAAUCUACGACUUCAAUCUCUGGGUGUCCUGUCAAAUACCCGACAGGGGAAACACGGCUGCCUCAUGUUUGAGCUCACUGUAAAAUCUGAAUUUUCCCCAGUGCACCUUUAACAUCAUGAUAGAGACCUUUACAAAAUACUGUCUGCCUUUCUUUCUAACCCACCUGGUGUGACGCUGCAGGUCCUGUCAGUCUGAUGAGGCGGGCCCUCGGAGUCACAGCUGUGCGCUGACAUUGACUGACACGUGUGCAGACAAAUUUGUUCAAACAACCGCAGCCUCGUCAAUGAAUCAACAUCCAUGUAGAAGAAUCAGAGUUAGACGUACGGUGAAUUGAUUUGGUGUUUCAGACAGUUAAAUAUGUAACAGGACGUAAAAAUGAUCUGGAGCUGCAUUAGGCUGUGGCAUAUUUAGAUAAUCAAUGUCAGCAAAUCAGACCAACGAUAACUGAGUAGAAGAAGAAGAAGAAGAAGCUGUUUUUUAAAACAUAUUUCAGCUCUAAAGCUUUUCAGAUAUAUGAUGCAGCUUCUUCACUGUAAACAGUUUCACAAACACGCUAUAAGUCAGUGCAACGUUCCAGGCCGGGUGUCCUCACUCUUACAUCUGCUUUAUAAAUUCACCAAUCUGCUCUGAUGUUGAAAAAGGACCCAGAAGAUACAGCGAUCCUUAUUUUCUCCCUGACAGGAACUUCAGUAAACCAUGACGCAACGCUGCAACAACCCAUGUUUUCAAUAAAACUCCAGAUUCCCACGUUUCCUCAGUGGGAAUAGCUGCUGUGUUCUCGCUUUCUGCUCUGUAACUAGUAUUGAUCUCUCGACUUCAAUGUGAAAGCACCAGCUGAAGGGGAACAAGUUCAACUGCUCUUCGGGGCGUGUAGAAAGGUAUUCUGGGAGAUGUUCGAAACCGUUAAGUGAGGCUUAAGAGAACCAAGCAACAAGAGCAUUUUAAGGGAAAAUGCGCCGAUUUUACGGAUCAAAGUCUGCGCGCGGGUCUCUGGGAGAGCGGCAGCACAUGUGGAAGAAAAUACAGAAAAUAUAAAGGCGUUUUAGAUCCAGAGGGAGCUCCGCAAAGUCUGCUAAACAGCCUCAAGUGGUGUCACUUGAGAGGACUGAAAACUCCAAGUUUGAAAAACGGAAAAGUUAGAAAGACAUGAGCUCAGCAGACCUCUGUAAUGCUUUGCAUCUUGGCUCAAGGCUACAUGAUCCAACACGCUGCACCAAGAUCUUUGAGCGUUACAUUUCCCCUCCUGCACAUAUAUGCCUCCACUAGUUAGUGCUGUGCUGUGAGUGGAAGUACCACAGUGCUUUGGAGUGGGUCUGCGGGUCGUUUCAUACAAAUACUUCAGUCCCAGAACCAGUUUGUUGGACCAGCUGAACUACAUCAACCAUAACUCAGAUAAACUGGGCCAAUGAAGGCCGGCGCUGAAAUACUCGAUUAGAUCCAGGAUGGUUUCUAAAUACAGGGUCUGAGCCGAUCUGGUUCCCUCUGGUUAAACCUUAUACAACCAAACCAUUUUCACUGAUGGUUCAGUCUAAGAAUUAGCGUGUUUCUCUACUAUAAUGUACAUUUAUCCAAACGUUUCCAUUCAUGAGAAGGUCAGAACAUCAGUGUUUUGAAUGGAUGUAUAAAAUGACCGCAGUACCGUAUAAAGGUCCUCUGCCCCAUAACCUUUAAAGUGUUUUGACAUUUUCUUUUCACUCAGCCAUCCUUUUAAAGCUGGGGUGUCGAGGAUUUGGCAGAACACAAAGGGUAGAAAUACAGAAUAAUACCCUUAAGAAUCAGUUUAAUAUUAUUUAAGAUUUUUUAUUUCUUCAUGGGAGGGAGUCCUCAUCCUCAUACACAGUUUUGUAUUUAGUGAAAUGACUAAUUUUAAGAUCAAGAGACAGAGAAAUAUUACAGAAGCUUCUUGUCCUUAAAGGCCACCAUCACUCUACAGAUGGGAGGGGUGAGCAAAAGAGCUUUUCUGAAUCUCAUUGUCAAAUAUUGCCUUAUAUUCACAUUUUUACACACUGCACCUGUUUUCUUCAAUUUGAUCAAUGUCUCUUAGUUCGGCUCCUCGAUCGUUUCCCCCUCUCAUCUUCUUUCCUUCGCUCUUUACUGGUCAUCCUUUUCUGUGCUCCUAAUAAAUCAAAUAACUGUAAUAAAACUAUUCUUCGUGUUGCCUUUGGGCUCUGGUUUCUAACUUUAGAUAGUUUUUGCCACAGUGUCAACAGGAAGAGGUGUUUGACUCCUGUCUGUGGUUUAUGCAGAUUUGACAAAUUUGACCUGAUUCCCCUUUGCGUACGAUUUUUGGGCGUAUGAAAAUUGCGUAGCUCACCCGAUACACUGUUUGAGCCGAGCGUCAUCGGCGAUUCUCCCGUGGAAUGCGUACAACGCUACUGCACAAUGUUGGUUUCAGGAAGUGGAGAAAGAAACGUGGAAUUACCGAAACAUUUUCGCACUGGCGGAAGGCGGAACCAAGUUGUCCGUAGUUUAUACAGUCUAUAGUUUUAGCAUGUACUCCAUGCACUAAGACCACAGUUGUCGUAGACGUUGCUGCGCCUCUUGUCUGCUGUAGUGAUGAACUGACAGAAGAAUCCGUCUGCUGGUUUGAUAAUUAUUUAUUGAACAGUGUUCAGGUUAAAGGCAUCACUUCUUGAAAUCGUAAAUGGCGUGCCCCAGGGCUCUGUUUCAGGACCAUUGUCCAAUCAAAUGACCCAAAUGCAAGUUUUCUUUGUAUGCAGACGAUACUGUUAUUUACCGUUCAGCUCCAACAUAUCACAGCCUCUCUGUCUUUAACAGGAUACUUUCUACUCUAUACGAGACACCUCUAAUGAGCUGAAGUUGAUCCUAAAUCCUGAUAAAAUAAACUCAUGAUGUUUACAAUCUCAGAGACUCAGCUGCUAAACCGAUCUGGUUCUACCUCUCGAGGUGAUUUCAUUGAGUCUGUAUCUUCUCGAUCAGACAGGUUAUUAAGAAUGUCUUCAUUAAUGUGAUUAUUACAGAAGGUGGGCGCCUCUGUUUAACUCUUUACUCUCCUGUCUUUGUCCCUUCUUCAGGAUCCAGGUCCUGGACGGUAGUUUAUUCUCUGGACUUACAAAGCUGACCACCUGUGAACUUUACACCAACCCCUUCAACUGCUCCUGUGAGCUGCUGGGUUUCCUUCAUUGGCUCUCAAGCUUCCCCAACAGGACCAGUGAGCGGAUGGCGUGCGACUCCCCUCAAGGUUUCUCCGGUUACAACCUCCUGAGCCAGAACCCUCGCAUGCCCACCCAACGCAACGCUCUGCACGUUCUCAGCCUCGUAUGCACGGACGAUAACAGGACACCUUUCUUUGUCCUCGGCCCCGAUUCCACCACCCUGCCCCCGGAUUUCGCCUCUCCGUGCGGAUUGGAUGACUGUGGUUCUGGGACCCCUCCGGAUGAGGAUUUCAGUUUAAGCCCCACCUUCUCGUACGUUAAUCCGAUCAUGACGCUAAAGCAGGUGCAACAUUCAAGCGCGGUGAUAACAGUUCAGAUCCCUCAUCCGUUUAAGAAAAUGUACAUCCUGGUGCUUUACAACAACAGCUUUUUCACGGAUAUCCAGAAUCUGAAAAGCCAGAGAGAGGACAUCGAACUCAAGAACCUAAAACCCAACACCGACUACACGUACUGUGUGGCGUCUAUACGAAACUCGCUGCGCUUUAACCACACGUGUCUGACCCUCUCCACUGGCCGCCGUUCCGGGGCUGGAAGGACUGCCAAUCAGUCGUCGGCCACGCACUACAUUAUGACCAUCUUAGGCUGUUUGUUUGGCAUGCUGCUCAUCCUCGGUUUUGUCGUCCACUGCCUCAGGAAGAAGAGGAUCAUGGAGGAGAAGGAGAGGAAAAUGAGCAGGAUCCAGAGGACUCUAAUAGAGCUCAAGUACGGCGGAGAGGGGGAUAUAGAGGGAGGGAGCGGAGGAUCUGUCUCCCAGAAGCUUGCCGCAGGCGACAGUCUGCCCAGAAUGCCCUACCUUCCUCAGGGUGGUGAGAUAGAUCCGUAUAAGCUGCAGGAGGUCAUAGAAACGCCGGCACACAAGCCCGCUAAACUUAACUACAUGGAGGUGAGGGGGUCCGGCAUCGAAAGGGAGCGGGAACGUGAGCGAGAGAGAGAGCGAGAAAGAGAAAGAGAGAUGUCUCCGCAGGCAAAUCCACAGGGCUCAGUGGCGGAGAUCUCCACCAUCGCUAAGGAGGUGGAUAAAGUGAACCAGAUCAUCAACAACUGCAUAGAUGCUCUCAAGUCGGAGUCGACCUCCUUUCAGCAGGGGAUGAAAUCUCCCUCCUCUGCCGGCGGAGGGGCUGUUUCCACCGCAGAGCCACAGCUGGUGCUUCUCUCCGACAAAGUGGAGAGAGGAGAAAGAGGGAGUGAGUUCCUCUCUCCUGUGUACAAGGGAGGACGGGCAGGAAGAGACGAGAGGGGGAGGAGCUACCAUCACUCUCUGCAGCGGCACCACAGCAUGGAGGCCCCCCCAACCUCCAAGAGGCCCAGCACCUCCUCGUCUCCUGGUUCGGCCCGCAGCCCUCGCUCGUUCCGCUCAGAGGGAGGCUACCACACGUCAGAGGCCCGCUACAUCGAGAGGACCUCGCCCGGAGACAGAGGAGAGAGAGGCGGAGGGGAAUCCAUCCGGACCGUCAACCCGGCUGCGGCCAUCCUACGAGCUGAAGCACAGAGAAUUCGCCAGUACAACGAACACCGCCACUCCUACCCCGGAUCCCAGCAGCACCUCCAGGACCUGCAGCACCACCCCCAGAUCCUGCAGGAGCUCCACCACCACCCCGGCCGGAAGCCGACUGUGUUGGACCCGCUGACCCUGAGCAGGCAGGCCAAACAGCGGGAGCUGGCCUACUCCCAGCUCUCGCCCCACUACCCGCUCUCGCCCCAGUACCACAACCUCAGCUACUGCUCCAGCCCCGAGGAAGACGAGGAAGAGGAAGGGCUUCUCUGCACCCCGACCCUGGGGCUGUGGGAGAGGUUCAAACUGCACCGCAAGAGGCACCGGCAGGCGUCGAUAGAAGACGAAGGAUACGUGGCAGCUGGGCACGCACUGAGGCAAAAGGUCCAGUUUGCAAAGGAUGAGGAUCUCCACGAUAUACUGGACUACUGGAAGGGUGUGUCCGCGCAGCAGAAGACCUGA